CCAUGUUGAAUCCUUCCCUUCUGUGCUCUCAUCGAGAUGGAGAACAAACAGUUGGACUUUGAGAGACGACGUUGUCCGGAGGUUUUCGGCCUCGGCGCCAAAGCCGGACAAGGAGGAGACAGACGAGCAUAUAAAAUGUGCCGUCGACGCCUACAACGAUGCCGUUCUGCAGCUGAAGCAGGUUCUGAAGACCGAUGAUCUCGAUGAUAUCCUGUCACCAUCUUCGACAGUCACAGAGCUACACAAAGUUGCCAUAGGCAUCCAAAGGGCCCAGACAAACGUUCUCGACCAACGCCAGAUCGCGAGAUUCGUCGACACGUUGGGCCACUACUCGGGAGUCUUUGACGUCCUGUCACAAUGCGCUUUCGGAUACAUGACGCUGAUAUGGGGGAGCCUCAAAUUUGUUUUGCUCAUGGCAAAAAGUCACUACGACACCUUAUACAAGUUCACCGACGUCAUGACCGAGAUUGGCAUAAACUUGCCUGUAGUAGAGCUGUACAGGCAGAUAUUUCCCACGACGCGAAUUCUGCAAUUCGUGUCCCAGCUCUAUGCGGCCAUAGUCGAGUUCUUGCAAGAAUUCAUCAUCUACCUCAAGCAAAAGAACUACCGCAAGUUCUUUAGCAGCUUCUUGAAGCCUUUUGACCUCCAGUUCGGCCGCCUGGUGUCGAGGAUCCAGUCCUUCGCCCACGCCAUCGACAAGGACGUACACGCGAACGCCAUCCUCUUACAAGUGACCCAGGCGCAGAGCCUGGCAAGACACCGGGUCGACUUGUCUGUCCGACGAACAUACAACGAAGGUUGCCUAAAUGAUGUUCCAGAUAUCGCCGUGUCGCCGUACCUCCUCGACCUGAAAAAGGUCCUCUUCCACGGCUUCGAGAUCGAGGCGUCCUACCAUGAGGAGCUGGCAGCCACUUUUCAGAUGACCUCGUCACCGGCAUGGGCCAGGUGGCUGUCAAUCGAGCAGCAGUACGUGCCAAGCAAGUUCUCGCACAAGACAAAUCUGAUCCAGGCCGAGUGCGACGCCCCGGAUGCCGCAACCUGCAUGCAAUGGGUCACGCAAGUGCGGGCCGAGACCCCUCACAUCGUGUCAGUGUUCCUGCUAUGGGCCCGUGGGAUGACAGCCCAGAGCGCCGUCGCGUCCAUCGUGUUCCAGAUGGUCCAGCAGCGGCCCACGGUCCUCCAGCGGGCCGGGCUGAGCUUGAGGACAUUCUCCGCGGCCAGCGCGUCGCUGCCCAAAUUGUGGGAGCUUUUUCUCACCCUCGUGCGGAACCAGGGAGGGCUGAUGAUUUACAUUUCCAUCGGUUCUGUCGGGCAGGAGGAGUUCAGCAUAGUGGCCUGGUUUGUGGACCUUUGCCAGAAGUGGUCCGGUCCGCCGCUGAACGUGGUGAUCAUCCACCCGUUUGACGAGAACUUUGUCCACGUGGAAGAGUGCGUCGAUCUUGACGACAAGUACGAUGUACAUCCUUCUCUCACCACCACCGACGCACUCUACCACGUUGUUCUCCUGGAGUUGGAGGUCCAGGAAGCCCUCAGCGAGACAGUGCAGCUCGUCUUGUGGGAGGCUCUAUGGCGCGAGGUUCGCUACGCAGUCAUCGGUAUCGCCGUCACCCAGACAGUAGAACAAAUCAUCGUGGCUGCGAAGGAGCUGGCCGAGGAACGGGGCUGCACCGAGGGUGUGAUGACCCUCUGGAUGUGGGCCGUGACCAAAUGGACAAAGGACAACCGGGCAUUCCAUAUCUUGAGGGAGCAGAUCCAGCGUCAUCUUAAUUUUGUAGACAUGCACCUCCCGCCAGUCGUGAGGACGAGACUGGAGAGGUUGAUCAGCUCUACUACCGGGUCGCGGCUCAGCGCGCGGGAGAGGAGACAGCUGACGAAGGAGCUGCGGCAGGGGGGCCCGAAGCCACUGGACGACUCGCAGAGGAAUGUCAUAUGGGAGAAGAUCGAGAGCACCAUGAAGCCCGGGACAAUGGGCACUUAUAACGCGUCCGUCAGAGAGUUGAUGAUGGGGGUGCUUGAGGUAUUUCUGGAUGAUCCCCCGGAGCGGGAGAGCGACGCAAGGCGAUGCGUCAAAGAGUUAAUGCGCGAUGUGUUUGGCUGGAAUCAGACGUGGAGGGCUGCCUUCCUAGGUGAAGACAGCCCUAUCCUCGAGGGUAUGGUCACAGCAAUAGGUACAGGAUUCGGUGAUGUUCUGGAUGCAAUCAUUUCUGAGGUUGGCAACUAG